GGAAGAGGGAGAGAGAGAGGGAGGGGAAGGAGAAGAGGGAGAGAGGCAGAGAGAAGAAAAGACACAAAAGUUGUGACUUGACAAAAGAGGGCAGGUACCAGAGGCAGGACGAUGAAGGCCGGCGCGGGACUCUUCUCUGCAUUGGCUCUGUUCCUCCUGAUGGGGGCAGUGUUCACCCAGAGAACUCGGCCAAAGAAGCCCACCAGGCGCCCAGCCACCACCAGGAAGCCUUCUGUCCCCCGGCCUGCUGUACCGGCGCAGCCAGAGCCCCAGGAGCCUACAGACUUCCCCCCUCCCAUCCUGGGCCCACCAUCUAUCUUUCCUGACUGCCCCCGAGAGUGCAUGUGCUCAUCCAACUACCCCAAUGCUCUCAACUGUGAGAACCGGAACAUCCGUGCAAUCCCUGUCAUCCCAUCUAGAACCCACUACUUGUACCUACAAAACAACUACAUCUCGGAAGUGACGGCAGAGCCGUUCCUCAACGCCACCGAGAUCCGCUGGGUCAAUUUGGCCAACAACCGCAUUCAUCGAAUAGACAAAAUGGUGUUUGAGAAGAUCCCAACACUGCUGUACUUGUAUGUCCAGCGUAACCAGCUGAAAGAGGUCCCCGCAGGUCUCCCAUCAAGCCUAGAACAGCUCCGCCUCGGCAGGAAUCGUAUUUCUAAGAUCCCUGCCGGUGCCUUCAGCAAGAUGGGAAACCUGACACUGCUUGACCUGUACCACAACCAGCUGAGUGACAGUGACCUGGGAAAGAACAUAUUUAAGGACCUGAAGAGCCUCAUGCAACUCAAUCUGGCUCACAACACCCUGAAGAAGAUGCCUGCUGGUGUACCUAACAGCCUCAUACAGCUUUUCCUGGACAGGAACCGUAUAGAUGACAUCCCAAAAGACUACUUUGGUGGUUUCAACCACCUGGCAUUUGUGAGGCUGAACCACAACCAACUGAGUGAUAAAGGUCUUCCCAAGCUUGUGUUCAACAUAUCCACCCUGCUGGACCUGCAACUGUCCCACAACCAGAUCGCUUCUGUUCCUCUCUUCAACGGUCACCUGGAGCACCUGCACCUGGACCACAACACCAUCGAGAGCAUCAAUGGCACCCAGAUCUGCCCAUAUAGCCUGCAGGCCGACAUGAGCGAUCUCAGUCAGGUGCCCAGACUAAGGUACCUGCGUUUGGACGGAAAUCACCUCAGCCCCCCCAUCCCUCUGGAUGUCAUCAUGUGCUUCAGACACCUCCACUCUAUUGUCAUUUAGAAGAACUGUGCCUUAAAGCCUGAGGUUAUGCACACACGCACACCGACCUUACACAUACAGUAUACACACACACAUAUGCACAGAGUCACUGUGUGCAAACUGAAUUAAAGGCAAAGCAUGCUCAGUGAGAAAGUAUAUCCAACAGUAUACUGUGGAACUGUGUUAUUGAAAGAGGGGCAAACACAUGAAAAAAGUGUAAAGCUUUGAUAGUUCAACUUUCACUGUUGCCAGAUUCAAGACGAUGUCAACUCUGAAUCUACAAAGAGUGGAUAUAAAGACCUUUAGAGUUAGGUUUUUGUUACAUUUUAUCAGUCAUCUUUUGUUUAUAGAAAUGCAAUGCAGAAAAAACCUAGAAUGAGUAAAGCCUGAAAAUACAGGUACAUUGACAGACAUGCUACAAAUAUAAAGGGUAGUUAAGUUCACUAGCAGAUGUGACCAGAGUAGAGCUGCCACCAAGGACAACAAGCAGAGCUGCAGAUGAAGUCACAACCAGAACCAGUUUAAAACAUAACUACCAUGUAGUUGAAACUGUCCCAAAUGUGUCUGUGGUUUUCAAGGUACUCCAUGUAAAAAUGUCAUUUUAUCCUUUUUUUUUCUUACUCUCCUGUAUAUUAUUCUUCUGUAUAAAGAAGCUUUGUAUAAAUAAUGAAAAAUAAAACCUUUUUUUCUUUGAUCAUU